CGGAACAAGCCGAGCCGGGUUUCGGCGUACGAAAUAAAAAGAAGCACGCCAUUACACACUCUGGACAGGGCAUUUUCUCGAAAAAAGACACGAGCUCGUGCUUUCGUGUCGAGCACGCGCGGGGCCGGUGCGGAUGAGGGCGGAAACACGUGGGCGAUCGAGCAUGCGUAUAAUGGUUACAUCGCGGGCCGCGGAGACGUCGCCUCGCUGGUCCGGAACUUGCUCGGCCCGAUUUACGGCGAUGGCGUUAUCAAUCUGCUGAUAAGGCAGGCCCGGGACAUCCUCGUGUGCGCUUAUCACGGCAACUUGGAGAACUUCCUCAAGACUUAUCUGUCACCGGCCGCGUGCCUGCUGGCGGAAGUGAAGUCCGCCGCCUCCGAA